AUGGCUAUGAACGCCGGUGCUGGAGCGGCGGCGGCGAAAGUCGGCUCUGAGCUCAACGGAAUCCCUGCAACAACCAAGGCCAUCCAGAUCGGGGCCCUUACAGGGCUGACGAAAGCCGUGCUGACGACGUUCCGAGAGAUAGUUCUCAUGAACGGCGCCAACAUGGUUUUCCGUGUCCUCCUUUUUUUGAUCACGUCCUCGUUCGGCAUCUGUCCCCUUUUGAUGACGGAGGUGGGCAACAUCCUCCUUAAAGACACACCUAAAGAACUCGUGGUUGCGGCAGUCGUAGCAGCCGUCCCGCUGUUUUUCGAGGCAGUCCGCGACAUCAAGCCCAAGCCGGACGAAGAAGGGGAAGUGAACUACUUUCGCUGGGCAUGGGCUGUAUUUCUAAUUGCUACAGACGCGCUUGGCGGCUACGUUUUUGCGCGCAUGGCUUCAAAUCAAGGCAUGCCCAUCAGUAACUAUCAUGCGGCCUGCUCAGCUGGUGCUGUCUACGGCACCCUUACUUUCCUGGCGCGCGCCAUGACCGGCUGCGUCGCGCUGGUCCGGCAUCAAACCAACGACGGGAAAGUCUCGGACAUAUUCGGAGUUUGGGAAGUCGUCCUCCCAGACAGGAUCGUUGUCUCUGAAGAAGAGUAUCAGCGAAUGCAGCGAGGCUUAGGGGCAACGCUCACCCAACUCUUCCGUGCGUUGCCCGUAUGA